AUGAACGAGAGUGGCCGGCAAGGCGUCGUGGGCGGCUACGUGCCCGGCACCGCCCCGUCCGUCUUCCUGGGCCAGGACACCUGGUCCUCCCCCUACACCGUCAUCGCCGCCCCCUACGCCGCAGCAGAGUUCUCCCCCGCCUUCUUCUCCCCUGCCGCCCCCCACGGCGCCUUCGUCCAGCACCACGCCCAGGAGAAGGCCCCCCAGGAGUUCACCUUCCUGGGCACGCUCCCCAACAACAUCACCUACGUCGACGUCAAGGAUGUCAAGCCGCCCGACGGGGACCCCCCCAAGUCCGUCUUCGCCUUUGCAGAGACGUCGGCGUUCGCCAGGAACGGGGAGUCGGUCCGCCAGAAGAACGAGGAGACGGACAAUGCACCGAACAACGACGCCUCCGCAGAGGGGCUCUCUGCCAGACUGAUGUCGUCCCCCGGCGCCGCCCCCACGCCUAACCCCCCCUCCCGGGACGGCACCCCGGCCGGGGGGAACGUCGGGUACAGGCCCUGGGAGCAGAUCGGGGCGGGGGACUUCGCCCCCCACAGCCAGCCCUCCACGCCCCAGUCGGCGCACGGGGACCCGGCGCAGCGGCCCCCCAGCGCCCCGGUGGAGAAGUCUGGGGAGACAGAGCGGCGCCUCCAGGCCUUCCUGUCGGACCCCGGGCGGCCCCCCUCCCACGUGUCCUCCGUGGCCAGUCCGGCGGAGGUCCGGGAGCAGCACCCGAUGGACGAGGCGGCGGAGCAGGAGAUGCUGCAGAGGAUGCAGCCGCAGAGUUUCGCACCCGUGUCCCAGCGACUGAGUAACAUCAACAUGCAGGUGAAUGCGGCCCUCCACGGGUACCCUGCCGUCUACCUGCCCCCCCAGGGCAGCGAGGGGGGCCAGGGUGUGGUCCAGGCAUACCAGGUCCCCCCUCUGGGGGGCUACCCGGACCCGAAGCGGCCCAGGACCGAGGACCCGGACCCGCGCCUAGAGAACACCUUCCAAGUGCCUUCCGUGUCUUCCACCACCCCCCGGCAACAGGCCCUGCCACCACAGCAGCAGCUCGUGCAGCACCAGGCCCAGAUCGAGCAGUGGGACCGCAUGAGCCAGGGCGCCGCCCUCCCGGCCCUGCAGCAGCAACAGCAGCAGCUGGUGGUUCAGCAGCAGCAGGAGGAGAAGGCGACGAGGAAGAAGCGGAAGAGGUGCGGGGAGUGCCCCGGUUGCCAGACCAAGGCCAACUGCGGUGGCUGCGGGCCCUGCAAGAGCGUGCGCAGCCACCAGAUAUGCAAGAUGCGCAAGUGCGACCAGCUCAAGACCAAGAAGGAGAAGGCGGCAGCUGCCAAGGCCAGUGGACUCGCCCACCUGGAUGUGGAUGCCGCCCAGGGCAUGAAUGGGCAGAACUUCCAGCAUGACAGUGACUCCCUGCAGCUGCCCCCCACGCCCACCGGUUUCCAGCAGGGCGACUACGUGCUCCCCGGCCAGCACAAGGGCCUGGGCCAUUCCCCGGGGGCCAUGCCCCUCUUCGACGGGAACGCCCAGUACGCGGGGUUCCCCGCCCAGCACCACCUGAUGGCGCUCGACGGACAGCAGCCGCCCGCCCCGGACCCCGGCAAGGCGGACGGGCUGACCGAGUUCGGGGCGGCCACCAUGCACCAGGUGACGAACACCCGGCUCAAGAACCUCAUCCACAACCGCAAGAGCCAGAAGGAGCAGAUGCAGAAUUACCUCAACUCUUCCGGCGCCGCCUACGGGGAGCAGGUCAGCCCCCGCUCCCAGUCGGACGGGAGCGACCGCUACGCCGCCCGCACCCCCACCCGCAACCCGUCCGUCGACAACAACCCGGGCGAGAACGGGAUGCCGCCCGGGGAGGGCGGGCGCGGGUACCGGGAACCCACCUACGAGCCGCUGAGGAACCUGGCCCCCUCCUCUCCCGACGCCCGGGAGGAGGUGCUCAAGAUGAUGGAGAACGGACACGUGAAGGGAGACAAGGGCAACGGGCAGGUCCUGAACUUCAACGCGACGGACGGAGACGCCCUCAACGGGUACGCCUACCGCUCGUUCUUCGAGCAGGGCAACUCCGAGGAGGCGCCGGCGGAGGCCUUCGGGGACCAGGGCUCCGGCACCUCCCCCGAGUACACGACACGUCCCGCCUACGACGACCGGUACUUCCGUAACCCGUCGGAACCGGAGACCUACCGGGCGGCGUCGACCGAGAGCCCCCGCGACGCAUACACCCCCACAUCGACCAAUCGCUCGUCUCCCUACGCCGGCCACCAGGGGCGGUCCCCGGAGCGGAGGGACCGGCAGCCCACCCCGGUCGGCAACGGGUCGGCGGAGCCCUUCGUGUCGAGCGCGCCCACGUCCAUGGCCACCUACACGAACAUCAUCAAUUCCUACAACGCUCCCCCGUACUCGGCCCUGCCGGCGAUCGCCUCCCUCUUCGGCGGCCACACUGUGAUAGCGAGCGCGUCCGAGCCGCCGCCCAAGUCCUCCUACCCCGGGGCGUGGUCCCCGGAGGCCGGCGGCCGCCCCGAGGAGUUCUGCGGACUGGACCCCGCCCUCUUCGCCGGCAACCCGCCGCCCCAGGAGGCCAGCUGGUGGGAGCACCUCAAGAGCAGCGUGAAGCUGGACGUGCCGCCCUCAGCCUCCCCGGAGGUCGACGCCCUGGACGGCCAGCCGCGGAGUCCCUCGAUGGCCACCAACUUAUAGGAGGAUGGACCCCGGAUUUUCCGGCCGGAGUCGACGGCCCGAAUCCGGCGAGGACUCCCCGACCGGAAUCGAGUGCCGUGGAUCCGGUGAGGA